AUGCAAAGACUACUAUCAAUCACGGGGCUUUCUGCUCUCUUGCAGGUUGCAUACACCCAAGUUACAUGUUCAGGAAACUUUACUCCCAUAACCGCAGAGGACUUUGUUGCAAACAUCCAUCCUGGGUGGAAUCUAGGGAAUACUCUGGACGCCAUUCCAGACGAAGGUUCCUGGAACAAUGCUCCUGUUGAGGCAGCAACGCUCGACCUCAUCAAACAGUCAGGGUUCAAGAGCGUUCGUCUUCCAGUGACCUGGACCCAUCAUUUCACUGGAGAAUCUCCUGACUGGACUGUCGACCCGGCAUGGCUGCAACGCGUCUCUGAUGUCCUAGACUCGAUCACUUCUCGAGACUUGUAUGCCAUCGUGAAUGUCCACCAUGAUUCGUGGGAAUGGGCCGAUGUCACUGCUUCCGGCGCCGACCUAGACCUGAUUGAUGAGAAAUUCUAUCGCCUGUGGUACCAGAUCGGGACCACUUUGGGGUGUAAGCCCAAUUUGGUUGCUUUUGAAUCCAUCAACGAACCCCCAGCGAACACCGCUGAAGACGGCGCCGAAAUCAAUAAACUGAACAGUAUUUUCCUUCAGGCAAUUGCUGAUGCUGGCGGGUUCAAUUCCCAGCGUGUUGUUAACCUUGUCGGAGGUGGCCAGGAUAGUAUCAAGACAUCCCAGUGGUUUGAAGUUCCAGAAAACAUCACGAAUCCUUGGGCUAUCCAGUUCCAUUACUACAGUCCUUACGACUUCAUUUUCAGCGCAUGGGGCAAAACAAUCUGGGGCUCAGACACCGAUAAGGAUACCCUCACAACAGACUUCGAGCUCAUUCGCAACAACUUCACCGACGUCCCACUAAUCCUAGGUGAAUACGACGCAUCAUCAGUUAACACUGAGCCGGCCGCGCGCUGGAAAUACUUCGACCAUAUCCAGCGCGUCGCAUCCCAAUUCGGCAUUGCAACUGUUAUGUGGGACAAUGGUGCAGAUCAUCUAGAUCGUACAACUGGGCAAUGGCGUGAUCCGACAACUCUGGACAUCGUCAUUGGUACAACGGCUGAGACAGCUAACAGUCUCCCUGAUAGUACUGAGGACGCUUCUGCAACAGAGCAGUUUUCAUCUGCAUAUAUAUAUCACCAGGUUGGGACGAACGUUACGUCUCAAAGUCUCCCGUACCUCUUUAAUGGUAAUUCUCUCGUAUCAAUUACGGAGUCCGAUGGUACGGUGCUGGUCAGCGGCUCCGACUACUUGGUUUCUGGUGAUAACAUCGUCUUCUCGGCUACAUACCUGGGAACGAAGUACACUGCUUCUAGCACCUCUGGCAUUAUCGAUACUUUGACUUUGGAGUUCAAUGGUGGUGCCACAUCCCCCACUAUUCAAAUCGUGCAGUGGGAUACACCAGUCCUUUCUUCAACCUCUGCAUCAGCUUCUGCAGUCUCAGGGGCUGACCUUUCCAUCCCAAUUACUUGGAACGGCGUUCCGAAACUUGCGUCUGUGAAGGCUGUUACGAGCUCAGGUAUCUAUUUGUUCGACGAUUGGACCCAGUGGCUUGGUCCGCUUCAACAGGCUCGUGCUACUUACAGCAACCACUGGAACUGGGACGACAACAAUGCUAUCAUCACGGCUGCCGCAAUUGAUGCAGUUGUGGCAGCCGGGGAAACCUCGGUCUUUACGUUCGAGUUUUACCCUCGUGUGGAUGGGGAGGAGAAUACAGUUGACUUCACGUUGACUGUUUAA